AUGGCGACAAGGUGUGGACAUGUGAUAGAAUAUCACACGGACUGCAGCGACGACAAUGAUGUUGAGGGAUGUGAAGAAGUGAACUAUUCCAUGUAUGAUAGUAGGCGUGGUAAGGAUGCUGAGAGUGCUGAAGAAGAUGGGUUUCCCCUUAUUGAUCUUGAUGAUGAUGGUUCAAUGGAGAGGGAUAUGGAGAUUGGAGAUAUCAGUCUAUAUGUAGAUGUGUUAGCUGAUAAUGCAGAUUUCUUGAACAAGAAUAGUGAAAAUGAGUAUACGCAUCCUGAGUUCAAUGCUAAGGUUGAUAUGGAAAAUCCUACCUUCAAGUUGGGGAUGUGCUUUAGUAAUGUGAAGGAAUUUAGAGAAGCUGUUAGGAACCAUGCCAUAAAAAAUGGGAGAAAGGUGAGAGGAGUAGAACUUAAAAAGCUUCUUUGGAAGGCUGCUAUGGCAACUAGAGUAUGUGAUUUUGACUUGGCAAUGGCACAACUGAAGGCAGUUGAUGAGAAAGCUUAUGAUUGGUUAUCCCAGAGGCCUUCUGUGCAAUGGAGCAAGUCCUACUUUAGGACAAAUUCAAAAUGUGACAUUUCCUUGAACAACUGGUGUGAAAGUUUCAACAAAAGCAUCAUCGAUGCAAGGGACAAGCCUAUCAUCACAAUGCUUGAAACUAUAAGAGCGCAACUCAUGGAGAGAAUUCAUAAGCAAAGGGAUGGGAUGACCAAAUACACUGGUGUGAUCUGUCCUAAUAUCCAGAAGAUAUUAGAUCUUCAAAAACAAUUUUCGAUAUCAUGGAUUCCAACCUGGAAUGGAGAGGAUGAAUUUGAAUUAAGUGGGCCAUAUGGAGACAAGAGAGUUGUUAAUAUUAGACAUAGAUCUUGUAGCUGUAGAAGAUGGGACAUCAGCGGGAUUCCUUGUUGUCAUGCUGUGGCAGCUCUUAUAUACAUAAGGGAAGAACCUGAAAAAUGGGUUCACACAAGUUUUAGUAAGAAAACAUUCAUGCAAAUAUAUAGCCAUGUUGUGCAUGUUGUAGAUUCUAAAGACACGUGGCCUGCCAGAGAGCCAUUACUCCCACCAGAUGUGCCCAAGCAAGUAAAGAGAAGGAUGCAAGGACCUCAACUUUUAAGUGGUCAAAGAUGA